GCCGGAGACGUCUGACGUCCUCGCGUCGUCUGACGUGGAGCGGCGCGGGAGCGGGUGGCCGAGCGGGUGCGAAGACCCAAAAAUGACAAUCCAGUGGGUGGCAGUUGCAACCUUUUUGUAUGCCGAAAUAGGACUCAUUUUACUCUUCUGUAUACCUUUCAUUCCUCCUCAGAGAUGGCAGAGGAUUUUAUCAAUUAAAGUCUGGGGUAAAAUUGCAACAUUUUGGAACAAGGCUUUCCUAACAAUCAUAGUCCUACUGAUUGUCCUAUUUCUAGCAUCCACCAAAACUAGCGCCUAUGAACAUACACAGAUGAAACUUUUCAGAUCUCAGAGAAAUCUUUAUAUUUCGGGAUUUUCUUUAUUUUUUUGGCUGGUGUUGAGACGUCUGGUUACACUUAUUACUCAGCUGGCGAAAGAGCUGUCAAACAGAGGAGUACUUAAAACUCAAGCAGAAAAUACUAAUAAGGCUGCCCAAAAAUUCAUGGAAGAGAAUGAAAAACUAAAACGGAUCUUAAAAAACCCUGGCCCAGAGGAGGAACGUGUUUUGGAAGCAGAAAAUAAAAAGUUAGUUGAAGACCAGGAAAAACUGAAAACUGAAUUAAAGAAGACUUCAGCUGCCCUUUUUAAGGCACAGGAUGAUGUGAUGACAAUGAAGAUGCAGUCGGAGAGACUUUCAAAAGAGUAUGACCGACUCCUAAAAGAACACUCAGAACUUCAGAAUCGUUUUGAAAAAGGCAAUAAGAAAGACCUGUGAACCUUAGGAAAGAAGACUGUGAUAUACAAUGUGAAGAUAAGAAAUUUGUGACAAUGGCAACCACAAGAAAAUGUAAAAUUCAGUUUGGAGAAUGUACUACAACUGGCCGCUAGUUUCUAUUUUUACUGCUACACAUAGGGUGUAUAGUAAUAAUACUGUCAAAAUAUUUGAUAAUGUUUCAGAUACAAAGUGUAUAUUCCAGCUCUUUUAAAAACUACAAGCAUGUUAAAUGUCAUAUUUACAUUUGAUAAUAACAUUGGUAUAUGAUGGCUAUUUACAAAUGAAAGAAAAAUUCACUAGCCAGUUACUUCCAAAAUUAGAUUUUUUAAAGUUGCAUGAAACCAUUAAUACCCUUGAAAGCCAUGAUGCCUUUCAUUAAUAAUAUAAUUAGAUGAUAAUGCUAAUGUGUUUGAAAGUAGUGCUUAGUAGCAGCAAAUUUGUUUAUAAAGAAAUUAAAUACAGAUAAAUAAUAAGAAUUAGCCACUGUGUUUAUAGAAAAGACUUGAAAAGAAUAAUGAAAACAAUGACCUUUUUUUUUUUUUUAAGACUGCAGGUACUAUACUUUGCUAUAGUAAGAUGGCUAUGUUGAUAAUUAUAUUUUUGUUACUGUUGGACUUUUUUAUUGACAUUUGUGCUAGUACUAUAUAAUUAGUAAGUAUUCUGCCUUUUCAGAUUUCCCCCAGCAAUAAGGGUUUAUAUCUCUGCAUAGCUAUCAUAGCAUUGAACUGAACUUAUUUUGCAUUAUAGAAUUCUUGACUUAAAAAGUUAAUGUAUAAUGUAUCCUAAAAACAGUGUUUUCUCUGGAUUUGAGUUAUACAAACAUUACCUCAAACAUAUGCACACUGGUGUCACAUAGUUUCUCUGAGAUGUUUCUGUAUUCUGAAUAUUAAAUAUUAUUUUUUAAUUCAGUAUGCAUUUAGAGGUAGUGAUCGUAAUAUUAAUUUGACUUUGGUUGUUUCAGCUUAAGUUUAAACAUGAAAAUCCACUUCCUUGUCUCAUGAAGAUCUAAUUAUAAAAGAAAAUGAAAAUACUAACUAGAAUUUUUCUUUUCUACUCACUGUUAAACACUGUUUGGGGGAUUUUGUUUUGAGAUUUUUGUUUAUUUACUCAUUUGUAAUACUAAAGAUUAGACCCAAAGAGUGCUGAGCUAGCACCUUUUACUUUUUAUUUUAAAGCAGCAUCUUUCAAAGCUGCCCAGGCUGGCUUCAGACUUACAGUCCUUCUGCUUCAGCACCUGAGUAGCUGGGGCUGUGGAGCUUAGCUGAGUUUAUCAUUUUAAAUCCAGCUUAAUGGUAUAGUUAAGUUUUUAUUGGAGAGGGGGUGAAAUGAGCAAAUACAUAAUUUUAUUUCAGAUAAAAGUCAGGAGUUACUGCUAGAAAACAGACAUGGAGGAGACAUUUAACAAGAGUAAGAAAUUGGAGACCAUAUGGGCUGACAAUACCAGAAAUAACCAGAAAGGGAGGGCGUGGUGGAGAAGCAGAGAAAUGAACGAAUGACAGCUCAGAGCAUAGACUUAGAAAUAUCAGAGUGAGAGCAGGAUGGGUAAAUAUGAGGAUGGUGAGUGAGUGAGGUCUUGGCCUGCUCCACACACAUCGAGUCUUAGGCCAGAAUAACAUACAGAAAAGGAAAAACUGUUGCUUUAGAGCAGCAGAACCAGAAUCUAAUCCUGCCUUCACCACUUAGACAUUUGAGCUUUAAAAGAAGCCACUGAAACUUUCUAGGGCUUCAUUUUCUAUUAUGUCAAUUAUUGUUACUCUCCUAUUGGUCUGUUUUGAAAGUCUGUUUUAUUUUUAUUUUCUUUUUAAAUAAUUUUAAAAACUAAAAUAAAGUUGAAAUUGGGUUACUAUAGAAACUAACAGUGAUUCUUGAUGUUGAGACUGUAUAGUUAGGAGAAAGUCUGGGUUCUCUUAGCAUGAAAAAGCUAAUUAAAAUUUAAAUAUUGGAGAUCUUAGACUUUUACAGUUUUAUAGAACUCUUAACUGGAGAUGGCAAAAGUUUGUUUUCCCCAGGUAAACUGGAGAGAAGUUGGAUCGAGAAUCAGGGUUUAAGUUUAAAAUUCAGGUGUACUGGUUUCCUAGAUAUUAUUGUAGUCUUCAUUUACAAACUACCCAUGAUUUGCUAAGCCUAAAAUACUGCCGUGUGAAGCCAGGGUUUGAACAAGUGGUCUGGCAUCCAAGCCUUUACUUUUCCGCUGUACCGUACUGUUUCACAAGGUAGGUUUGCCAGUUAUUCCUGUUACUCUCCUUACCAACGAUGGUGGCUAGCAAAUCAGGUUCAAUGAGA